CAUAGAGCAUGCAGCACACCAUGGUUGACCACUACAAGUCCAGCCGCAAAUCGGAGAAGUCCAGCAGAAAGUUAGAGAAAAAGCGUUCCGACAAGCUCCACAAGGUGAAGACCCACGAUCCGCUGAAGAAACAGAAGAAGCGGGCUCUGAAGAAGCUCCGUCGCAAUGCCGCCGCCGUGAACUUCCCCUACCAACUCUUCCUGUACCGCCAGGAACUGAAGCGAGCCAGCACGGACUUCUCCUACCUCCGCCUCUCCAAGGCCAAGAUAUUGCUAACCUCCCAGCUGAUCGCCAAGAGGAUGGGCAGCUGCCAUCCCAUGAGCAGUGUGGAGGAGCUCAAGGAACUCAGCCGGGAGGUGCAGUUCCAGAAACGCCUCUGCCAUCAAGUGGAGCGCCUGCAGCAGUUCCGACAACUCGGCCUCACCGAGAUGAUCCUCAACGGCAAGAAGACGACCCUGUAGUCUGUGGAAAUCGGAGGGAGCACGCACGCGGGGACGGGAUGUUAGGCUGGGAUGGGGCAUUAUCUUAAGUUAGUCGGUAGUUUUUAGGUUGUAAUAUUUUAUCAAAUAAAAUAUCACAUGAAAAUCGCAAAA